AAGGACCAGGAGAACAGCUAAGAAGCCAUCACAGAAUCCAGGGGGUCAUUCUGUGAUAGAAGCCCCACCACCCCCUUGCUUCCAGGCCCAGAACCAACAAAGAAAUGAAACUCACUUUCUCCACCUUAUUAUCCUUCGGGAUAAUAGGGCUGUGCCUGGCUUCUACAGAACAGCAAGUAAGAUGGUGUGUCAUAUCGGAAAACGAGCUGAAGAAAUGCAAUGAAUUCAAAGAGGCCAUGAAGUCUAUCAACCAUCCCGGUCUGGCCUGUAUAAAGAAAACUUCCCACAUGGAUUGUGUCAAGGCGAUCUCGGAAAAUGAAGCUGAUGCUGUGACUAUUGAUGGUGGUUUGAUCUAUGAAGCAGGUCUGGUACCCUACAAUCUGAAACCUGUCGCUGCUGAAGACUAUGGUACUGAAACAGCUCCUCUGUCUCAGUACUUUGCUGUAGCUGUUGUGAAGAAAGGAACUGAUUUCAACAUCAAGGACCUCAAAGGCAAGAAGUCCUGCCACACUGGCCUGGCCAGGUCAGCUGGGUGGGUCGUGCCUGUGGGGACAUUAUAUGCACUUGGAUUGUUGGACUGGGAAGGACCACCAGAACCUAUAGAAGAUGCUGUGGCCAGGUUCUUCUCUGGCAGCUGUGUUCCCUGUGCUUCAGGGAAGAAUCCUAAAUUGUGUUCUUUGUGUGCUGGAAAAGGUGGCGACAAGUGUGCCUGCUCAGAUAGAGAACCUUAUUUUGGUUACUCAGGAGCCUUCCAAUGCCUGAAGGAUGGUACCGGUGAUGUGAGUUUUGUCAAGCACACAACUGUGUUGGAGAACCUUCCAGCUGAGGCUGAAAAAGAAAAUUAUGAACUGCUGUGCCCUGAUAACACAAGGAAGCCUGUGGAACAGUACAGGGACUGCAACCUGGCCAAGAUCCCUGCUCAUGCUGUCGUGGCCCGAAAUGUGAAUGGCAAGGAGGAUCUGAUCUGGAAUCUCCUCUCCAUUGCACAGGAAAAUUUUGGAAAGGGCAAAUCAGAGAAAUUCAAUCUAUUUGCUUCCCAACAUGGAAAAGACCUGCUCUUUAAGGACACUGCCAACAGGCUUUUGAGGGUCCCUCCAAAGAUGGACUAUGAACUGUACCUGGGAUACCAAUACAUCCAGGCCAUUAAACCUAUUAAAGGGCAUGCCCUAGACAAGCUCCAUUCUUUAGGAGACAAGAAGGUGAAGUGGUGCACAGUAAACAAUGAGGAAAAGAAAGUAUGCGACAAAUGGAGCGUGUUCAGUAAUGGAGUCAUUGCGUGUGAAGUGGGAGAAAACUCUGAAGAAUGCAUUGUCAAGAUAAUGAAAGGGGAAGCUGAUGCCAUGAGCAUUGAUGGAGGAUAUGUCUAUGUCGCUGGCAAGUGUGGGCUGGUGCCUGUCCUGGUCGAGAACUAUACACCUAAGAAUUCAGAGAGCCAUGGGCCUGAUUGUGAGAAUAAGCCUGCUGAGGGCUAUUAUGCUGUGGCUGUUGUUAAAGCAGGAACUGAUCUUUCCUGGGAUUCACUAAAAGGAAAGAAAUCCUGCCACACAGCAGUUGGCAGAACUGCUGGCUGGAACAUACCCAUGGGCCUAAUAUACAACAAAACCCAUUCCUGUGAAUUUGAUAAAUACUUCAGUGCAUCCUGUGCUCCUGGUGCUGAUCCUGCUUCCAGUCUUUGUGCCUUAUGUAUUGGCAGUACAGACUCACCAGUUUUGGAUAAAUGUGCUUCUAGUACCAAAGAAACCUACUACGGCUACAAUGGGGCUUUCAGGUGCCUGGUUGAGAACAAAGGAGAUGUCGCCUUUGUGAAACACACCACUGUCCAGGAGAAUGCAGAUGGAAAGAAUACAGAAGAUUGGGCAGCAAACCUGAAAAGUGGAGACUUUAGGCUCUUAUGUUUAGAUGGAAGCCAGAAGGAAGUGACCCAAGCACCAGAAUGUCACCUGGCCAAGGCGCCAAACCAUGCUGUGAUCUCACGGAAAGAUAAAGCAGCGUUAGUUCGCCAGGUGCUGUUGGAUCAGCAGAGCCAUUUUGGAACUUAUGGGACUGAUCGAGACACUUUUACUAUCCUCCCCAAAACCAAAAACCUCCUGUUCAAGGACAACACUGAGUGCUUGGCAAAACUCCCAGAAGACAUCACCUAUGAAAAAUUCUUAGGACAAGAGUAUGUCACAGCCGUUGGCUCUCUCAAGAAAUGCUCGAUUUCCCCUCUCCUACCUGUCUGUGAAUUUCACAAAUUCUAGAAAGCCAGGAAAGUGAGACCUCCUCCAACGAGGGACUAGCCACCAGAAUGCCGUACUGCUCUUUGCUGUUCUCUUUCCGGACCGCCCAGUGUGGUGGGGACCUCCUUCUCACUUCCUUUUAACAGAUGACCCUAGAGGGGAAUAACCUCUUCAACCUUCCCACUUCCCUGCUGUCAUCUGAACAAUAAAUAAAGUGGAAGAAUGUCA